GGGAAAAGCUCAGAGGGAGACCCACGUGGCUCUGGUCGGGAGGUUGCAGAGGGAGCCCUUUGGAGCUGACCCACCACAGAAAUUCACCAGGGUGACCCCAAGCCGCAAAGCUGCUGUCCACGUGGACCGGGGCUGACAGCGCACGUCCACCUGCCAGGACCCCUGCGUCCAAGCUGCGAGACAUGGCGACCAACGGCAGCAAGGUGGCCGACGGGCAGAUCUCCACGGAGGUCAGCGAGGCCCCGGUGGCCAACGACAAGCCCAAAACCCUGGUGGUCAAGGUGCAGAAGAAGGCGGCCGACCUUCCCGAUCGGGACACAUGGAAGGGCCGCUUCGACUUCCUCAUGUCCUGUGUGGGCUACGCCAUCGGCCUGGGCAACGUCUGGAGGUUCCCCUACCUGUGCGGGAAAAAUGGCGGCGGGGCCUUCCUGAUCCCCUACUUCCUGACGCUCAUCUUCGCGGGGGUCCCGCUCUUCUGGAAGCUGGCCCCCAUGUUCAAGGGUGUGGGCCUCGCGGCCGCCGUGCUAUCCUUCUGGCUGAACAUCUACUACAUCGUCAUCAUCUCCUGGGCCCUCUACUACCUGUAUAACUCCUUCACCACGACACUGCCGUGGAAACAGUGUGACAACCCCUGGAACACCGACCGCUGCUUCUCCAACUACAGCGUCGUCAACACCACCAACAUGACCAGCGCCGUGGUGGAGUUCUGGGAGCGUAACAUGCACCAGAUGACGGACGGGCUGGAUAAGCCGGGGCGGGGGCUGGCCAUCACCCUGGCCAUCGCCUGGAUCCUCGUGUAUUUCUGUAUCUGGAAAGGGGUCGGCUGGACUGGGAAGGUGGUCUACUUCUCGGCCACGUACCCCUACAUCAUGUUGAUCAUCCUGUUCUUCCGCGGGGUCACCCUGCCCGGGGCCAAGGAAGGCAUCCUCUUCUACAUCACGCCCAACUUCCGCAAGCUGUCGGACUCUGAGGCCCCGGGCUGGCGUUCCUGGCAUACCCGGAGGCCGUGACCCAGCUGCCCAUCUCUCCUCUCUGGGCCAUCCUCUUCUUCUCCAUGCUGCUGAUGUUGGGCAUUGACAGCCAGUUCUGCACCGUGGAGGGCUUCAUCACGGCCCUGGUGGACGAGUACCCCAGGCUCCUCCGCAACCGCAGGGAGCUCUUCAUCGCUGCUGUCUGCAUCGUGUCCUACCUGAUUGGCCUCUCCAACAUCACCCAGGGUGGCAUUUAUGUCUUCAAACUUUUCGACUACUACUCGGCCAGCGGCAUGAGCCUGCUGUUCCUCGUGUUCUUUGAAUGUGUUUCUAUCUCCUGGUUUUACGGCGUCAACCGAUUCUACGACAAUAUCCAAGAAAUGGUGGGCUCCAGGCCCUGCAUCUGGUGGAAACUCUGCUGGUCCUUCUUCACCCCCAUUAUCGUGGCGCGCAUCCAGGUUAUGAUCCAGCCCAGCGAGGACAUCGUUCGCCCGGAGAACGGUCCGGAGCAGCCCCAGGCCGGCAGCUCGGCCAGCAAAGAGGCCUACAUCUAGGGCGGGGCGCGCCGACCCAGCACUCACCCCCCACCUGGCUGAACGCGACCACCACUUGAUGUCUGAAGAUACCUUCUGUCUCAACCUACCUCGAGUGGCGAGUCCAGACACCAUCACAUGCAAGGAGCGGGGAGGUGGGGGGACCGUCAAACCCCUGGGUGGGCCCUGCCGUGGGCAAAGAGGCCCGGUGGCUUCCGCACCCGGCGGGCUGGUGACCUUUUUAACCCGGCCCCGUAAACAUGGAGCGGUGGGCAUCGUAGCCGCCGCCGCCGUAGAUCACGUUUAUCCCGCCAGCCAGUGUGACCCGUGAGGCCACCACACACGCUGCUGGCUCUUAGUCUAUUCCUGACUGUUUUCUUACUGCCGAAACCCAUGACUGUGACCGGUACUUUGCAGGGGUUCGGUUCCCCGGAUCGCUGCUGCACACAUGCAAAGGGCAUUUUGUACAAUGGGGGUUUCCAGGGAGAGCUGACUCUUCAGUAGCAGGGAGCCAGCGGAGCUCUAGGUCCGUUUUUUGGUUUUCUCCCUCCCGAGGCAGCUUAACAAAACCCCCAAGACCUCAGUCAAUAUUCCCAGGGCUGCUUCUCCAGCAAUCUGCCUG